GUACCGAUGAAAAAGAAGGAGAAGAAGAAACGAGAGCGCGUCGCACGUUCUACUGUUUCCUUGUUGUGAUGUUGCUGGUUAUUUGUCGUUAUAAGCCUUCCCUAUCACUGCUAUAACUAUGCCGAUUGAAAGUCACAUCAUUUAUGCUUGUCGAGACUUAUAAUUACUUAACUAAUUUGUAAAGAGUCAGCUGAAAUGUUAAGCGCGGAGUCGUUGCUAGUGGCUGAGGAGGAGGUGGUUGAGUCCAGCUCUAAUAAACUCGGUGAUAUUUACACUUUUGUGUCUAAAGGCUGCUUUCCUCAGACGAUGAAUCCUUUACGAAAGAAGAAUCUCAAAAGAUACGCCCAAAGAUUUAUAAUUGACGAGGGAAAGCUGUACUAUGUGGGACCCAAGAAAGAGGAGAAGAGGGAGGUGGUGAUUGAGGCUGAAAGGAAGAGGCAGAUUUUUCUGGACUGCCACUUUAAUGACAUUGGCCAUCACUUAGGCCAAAAGAAGACAGUCCACAGAAUUCAGAGCAAGUACUACUGGCUGGGCAUCAUCAAGGAUGUUGUGGACUGGAUUAAAGUUUGUGAAACGUGUCAGCGCACUGAGCGGAGCAAGAGCCUAGCAAGAAUGGUUCGGCCUAUUAAAGUGGAUGCACCUUGGGAUAUUAUUGGAAUUGACAUCAUAGGGCCUGUUGCAGAAACCCAGCAAGGCAAUGCUUAUGUCACCGUCAUUAUUGAUUAUUUCAGUAAAUGGCCAGAGGCUUUUCCACUGCAGAAGACAGAUGCUCUGUCUGUUACAAGAUGCAUCUCCAAAUGCAUAUACAAAUUUGGUGCCCCCAAAUCAAUAGUUUGCACACAGAAUGCUGACUUCUGUGAUGAGGUGACCAGGCUGCUGCGUGACAGGUGGAGUAUUGUGCAGAAGAUUUCUUCUGUGGAUCAGCUGCAGCUCAACCCGCUCCAUGACUGCACGGGUCCUUUACUGAAAGAGGCCAUUGUGCAAAUGAUAGCGGAGAAGCAAGCUGAAUGGGAUGACUUUCUAGAACCUGUGCUUUUUCUCUUCCGAACAUCCACCAACCCUACGACCAAGUUCACCCCUUAUUCCCUCAUGUUCAACAGGAAAGCUAAUUUACCAAACGAGACUAUGCUAAGCCCACUGAAUUAUGACGACCAGGGGCAGGACAUGUAUUCCACAAAGGAGAAAGCCACAGCUUGUAUGAGCAUAAUGCAAGAGCAGCAGAACUCUGUUAAGCAGCUGGUGCUAGCCAACAUGAACGCAGCAUACAAGCAAGAGAAGAAGAGGAACAUCAAAUGCAGGAGGCAUAAAAGACCCUUUACGACCUUUAAUAUUGCAGAUCCACUGUUCAGCACAGGGGACUCACCUUCCUCUAAAAAAAUGAAAGACAGCUUAUAUUUGUCCUUUCCUGUUGAGACUGUGCUGGCCACUGAACAUAGAAGCUCAGACGAAACAAAGACUGCAUUAGGGUAUCAGUUGGCUGAGUCUGAUGUCCACUGAUGAGAACAGACUGAAAAUAACUGCUGAGAAGACACUUUAGUGGAGGGUGACUGCUUGUUGUUAUACUGUAUGAGCUGCCUGAGCAGGCUUUGGGCAGCGGAUGGAAAUUCCAGUCUGAGAUGACUUCUGCUGCCAGGACUCAGUCAAUUGAAGCCACUGCAGAGUCAUAUUUCAUGUGUAGAUUCUUGUUCUGGAAACUGAAUCCACCUGGUUAAAGUUACAUCAGUUAUACAGUUGAUUUUGAGACACAGUUCUUUAAAAUAAAGGUAUUGCUUAAUUUGAA